CGUACAAGCAAAUUAUCAACCACAAACAAACUCCCGAGUCAUGCCAAACGGAUGUGUCUUGGUCGACAUCUUAAUCAUUUUACCCGAAAAGAAAAAGAAAUUUUCCCAGUGCCAUGCCAUCUCCUUUAUAAUCUCAAUUACAUAAUCAAUUACAUAAUCUCAAAUUUCUCUGUUUGCAUCACUCAAACAAUCCAUUACCAUGACCACCAUGAAUCUACUCAUCUUUUCUGUUCUUUUGCUCAGCUCACUUGCUGUCUCAACAAUGGCUUUGGAAGCAUGUGUGAAAGCAGCUGUUGGUGCUCCUGACCACCUUGGUGACUGUCCUUUCAGUCAAAGGGUUCUUCUUACAUUAGAAGAGAAGAAAAUUCCAUACCAAAUGCAUUGGAUUGACCUUUCUAAUAAACCCAAAUGGUUCUUGGAGAUUAAUCCAGGAGGUAAGGUACCAGUAGUGAAAUUUGAUGGUAAAUGGGUACCUGAUUCUGAUGUUAUUACUCAAAUUCUUGAGAGAAAGUACCCAAAACCAUCUCUUGUAACUCCGCCUCAAUGUGCCUCAGUUGGAUCAAAGAUAUUCGGAUCUUUCACUACCUUCUUGAAGAGUAAGAAUGCUACUGAUGGUUCAGAGCAGGCAUUGAUGUCUGAAUUGACUUUGUUGGAUAAGCACCUUAAUGCUCAUGGUCCUUAUGUCAGCGGAGAGGAGAUUUCUGCUGUUGAUUUGAGUUUGGCGCCUAAGCUUUACCACCUUGAUGUCGCUCUUGGGCAUUUCAAGAAAUGGAAUGUUCCAAGAAAUUUGACCCAUGUCAAAAAAUACAUGAAGCUGGUCUAUCGACAACAGGACCAUAUGAGCUUUUCCAGCUGUGAUAAACCCACCUGAGGCCACCAGCAGAGAUUAGUUGAAAGAGUUACUUUUCUCCCGAGAGUCAUUCGUCAAAACUGCAGCAAAGAAGAAGUACCUCAUUGCAGCAUGGGCACCCAAGGUCAAUCCUUGAAGAAGAAGAUUUUUGUUGUCAGUCUCAACUCUCAAGCCUUUGGUGUGUAUGAAUCUGAUGCAAUCUGUUAUGUUAAACAGUUGAACUAGAAUAGCAAGUUAACCAGUCAUGUCCUAGUAGUCCAACGGAAUAUCUGUCAUGUCAUGUUGUGUAACAUUUAGCUUUGCCUAUACCGAGCUUCAAAUUCUCAUUGAAGAGCACAUAAGUUCAUGAUGUCAUCACCUACAGGCUUAGAGCAAGGGCAAUGUGAUAGUGUUAGGUUGGUCAAUUUGGUGUUGAAAUUGGAUUUCCCAAACUCCAAAAUUUUGUUUCCUGCUCAAAAUGUACUAAGAAUUGAGAAUUUAAAUUUCAUUUUAAGCCUUAUCAUUGUCAUAUGUACUCUUGCCACGUGUAUCUUGGUGAGUAGCUAACACCAUCUUUAUACGUUGUUCUGUUUCCAAGAUGAAAUUGGAAGGAAUUCAA